CAAAGACCAGAAUUGGAUUCUGGAAUAUACGAACCAUGUACGAUAUUGGCAAGUUAGCACAAAUAGUCACCGAAAUGAGACAGUACAAUCUACAUGUCCUUGGUGUUAGUGAGAGUAGAUGGACAGGAUUGGGGAGACUGAAGACUUCUGCAGGAGAAACAGUGCUUUACUCUGGAAGAGAUGAUGACCAGAAUCAUGAGGGACUGGCCAUCAUCCUUAAGAAGGGGAUUGAGAAAUGUUUGCUAGAGUGGAAACCUGUCAACAGAAGAUUGAUGAGGGUCAGAUUGAAAGGAAGACAAGUGAACAUCACCUUGAUCCAGGUUUAUGCUCCAACCAAUAACAGUGGUGAAGAAAUUAAAGACAUCUUCUAUGAGCAGCUUCAGGCAGAAGUGGAAUCUACACCACACCAUGAUCUUACCAUCAUCAUGGGUGAUUUGAAUGCCAAAGUGGGAAAUACCAACACACACUAUGACAGGGUCACAGGCAGACAUGGGUGUGGCACCAUGAAUGAUAAUGGUGAGAGACUUGUAGGGUUUUGUUCUGUCAACAAUCUGGUCAUUGGAAGGACUCUCUUCCCACACCACAACAUUCACAAGCUGACUUGGUUUUCACCAAAUGGCAGAGACAAGAACCAGAUCGACCAUCUGAUGAUCAACGGUACAUGGAGACACUGCUUGCAAGAUGUGAAAGGAGAGGAACGGACGUUGGUAGUGAUCACCAUUUAGUGAUGGAACUUGUGAAACUUAAGCUGUGAAGAACAGGUAUUAAGACAUCCAUACAAAGGUGCUUCAAUGUUGAAAAGCUAUGAGAUGUCACCACAAAGACUGCCUUUACUAUUCAACUGAGGAACAGAUUUCAAGCUUUGCAAGAUUUAAGGGAUGACAUAUCUACCAGUAUCAUAGAUAAAAUCAACAUGGCAUGGGAACAGAUUGCAUCAGUCUACACAAGGAGCAGCGAGGCCUGUCUGGGUUUCAAGGAUAGGAAGAAGAGGAAGGAGUGGAUUAAGCCUGCUACAUGGAAAGCCAUCGAAGAGAGAUGGAACAUAAAGAAGAGACUGGUAGACGUCAAAAAAGCCAGAAUUCAAGAAAGAUACAAGAAGAAUUACAGAGAGGCAAAUUGAAAAGUAAAGAAGUUAAUGAGGGCAGACAAACAAGUUUUCAUGGAGAACCUUGCAACAAAAGCUGAAGAUGCAGCUAAUCAAGGGGAGCAAGGAAACAUGUACAGAAUCAUCAAGCUUGUUUGUGGCAAGUAUCAUGGCAGGACAGGUACCCCCAUUAAGGAUGAACAAGGGCAGUUACUGUCAAGAGAGAAAGAUCAAGAAGCACGCUGGACAG